AUGGAAUAUAUAAAAAGUUGUAGUAUAUAUCAGCUCCUUUUCAUCUCAUUUCAACCUAAUUUAGUAGACGCGUACUACUCCCGUCUCUACCAAAUUACCUCUAAAAAUCGUUUUUGCCCAUCAUUUCCUGUAUUUUUCUAUAUAAUAAUUUUUAUAAAUUAUUUUCUAUUUAAAUCUCCAUUUCUGGAAAUUUUAAGUGCAGAUUCCAUACAUAUAAUAUUUAGAUCUAUCAUGUGCUUUUUAUCUAUUAUAUUCAAAAUGCAGACUAACUCGGAUAACAAUUUGGAGAAAAAGGACUCAAUGCCCAAGUAUUUCUCUGAAAAUGUAUAUAAAGAAAUUGUAAAAUCGUUAAGCGAAUUUCAAAAACGUACGGCUAACGCAGGCGAAAAUAUGAACAUGGCUAAUAGGGACGAACCUGAGAUCGAUAUGGAUUUCAAUCUGAAUCCACCCUCGGAUCAACAGCAGAGUUUUGCAUACUCUCCGAACUACAUGUACAGCCAAGAUGCUAACGGCCGCAUCCUCCAUGAUCAAACAGGGAAAAAAAUCCCUGAGUACAACACUGUCAUGAACUCCAAUGAAUGCAUCUUACAAAGGAAAUAUGAACCUAUGCUCUCUGAGAGUAACGUGAUGAAACCUGGCGAUGACUGUAAUAAAAUAAGCAUGACUAAAUUUGAAGAAAAGGCACCUCUAGAAGAAACAGAAAUGAGUUCUGACCUCGUCAAAUGUGUCAAGAGCCCUCAAACCAGUCCUAACUUACUUCCAACAGCAGCUGAGAGCUUCAACAUCAAAAAUGAGCUUAAUGGCCCUCAAAUGAUGAACGAAGUAAAUCAGUCUGAUUUGAGGCCAAACGGGGAGGAACAGAAGAAAUUUUAUUCUGAAGAGGCUAGAAAAAUGCAAUAUCAAAAUAAAACAAUAGAUUAUGGUUGUAUCAACUAUGACCCGUGUGGAAGUGACAACCGAAUUUCGGAUCCAGGAUAUUAUUAUUCUAUUCCAUACGACCCACGUUUAUUUCAAAAGAAACAAAAUAUUGAAGAAAAUUUAAAUUAUAUGAUGUAUAAGCCCGAAAAAGCAGUGGCUUAUUUUAACUCGAUAAUACCUGUUUUUGAUGAUGAAACCAACACAUACUAUCCCAAUUAUCAGGUUGAUGAUCAAAACAAUCCAAAUAUUAUCAAUCGUCAGACGAUGUUUCGAAAUGGUAUGAUUAAUACAAUGAUACAUAAUUAUUUUUUAGAAUUAUUAAGCGACAGAAACGUAUCUCCAUUUUACAAAUACAUUACAAGGGGUCAAAACUACAACUUACCAAAUCCAUAUGGUAAUAUUGAGUCAUAUUACAAGACCAACUCAAUGAAACAAGACAUAGGUGAGAGGUAUGAUCAAAUCGACUCAAAUGACCAAAAUGGCAACUCACAAGGUAGAAUCGCAAUCAAGCCCAAACAAGAAAAGAAGCGCAAUUCUAGGUCAACAUCAGCAGGAAGACCCAAAUUAAAUAGAAACCACUACUCUUGUUCCAACUGUAAUGUCAAAACCACACCUCAGUGGAGAUAUUACAAGGGGGUGGCUGUAUGCAAUGCCUGUUACAUGAGAAUUAGGAAGGACAAAACACAAUCAACCCAAAACCCAAAGGGAAAAAAUAAAAAAAAAUAA